AAAAUGGUUUGAUUCCAAAGGACAUCAAAAUCCCAAUAGGACCCCAAGAGGCCUGCUGCAACUUCGUCGAUAAGGGCCAGCUGGGAAAAUGGGACAGUGUUGGAGCAAGGUUAGUCCUUUUUAAAACAACCGUGUACAAUGCCGAAAAGCAAUGCUUUUCGUUUCUUGCUGUUCUUCAAGUGUCCUAAAAGAAACAAGAAGGGUAAACAAAAGAAGGCACCGGGUCCCGAACCUGUGAGCAAGAACAUUCACCAUAUAACAACCAUACAGAGCUGGGAGGAAAGUCUAACGGAGGCAACCAGAGACAGAAAGACACUCGUUGCGAAUUUCAGUGCACCAUGGUCAGCUCCUUGUAAAUCAAUAUCACCAGUCUACAGCGAACUCGCGGAUAAAUAUACUUCCCUCGUGUUCCUAACCGUCGAUGUCGAUGCACUUGCGGAAUUCAGUAAUUCAUGGGAGAUAAGUGCAACGCCAACAUUCAUUUUUAUUAAAGAAGGAAGGCAAGUGGACAAGUUUGUGGGUGCCGACAAGGUAGAACUCAAGAAGAAGAUAGCAGCGGUUGCUGCCUGCAAGUUUUGACAGCAUUUUCCAU